CAUUAGCCACUUCAACGAUAUAUUUCACUACAGCGGUCCUCUUAGAAGGUCUUCCAUGUUAAUGGCAACCUAGUUUCAGCAUUAAAGGAAUUUUACGUAAAUGUAAAGCGAAUAGUAACUCAACAACAAAAGAUAUACAUUAGCCAGUUUUAUUCGUCAGAUUAUUUUGCAAGCACUAACAAAGAUCUCCCAUUUCGGGGUGAUGUGUCUCCUGCUUGCAGACACUCUUGGGAAAGAAGAAUACCGAUAACUGGGGCUGCCUUGCCUAUCGUCACUAUUUUCAAUACAACCACUACAAAUUAAACAUUGCAGUAAAAGGAGAACUGUUUUCCCAGCUUAUUACUUUGAUUGCCCGCGGCUAACUGAAUCUCAUCUUGAGUCCGACCCCCAUUGUUGUAGGCGUUCUCGGGAGAGCAACACGAAGAAAAUUCGAAAUCGCGUCACACGAAGUUGGUCCUAUCUGUUGAGCUUUCCACACGAGCGUCGGUCAACUUCUCUUUGGAAUUUUGGAAUUCUCCAGUCCAGACAAACGGGAAAAUAACGCAAUUUAAAACACCCAGUUCGUCGGAGUCAUCGUCUUUUCAAUGCUUGCUAGGUUAAAACUUUGAAACAGAUAGUUAGCCCACAGUGUUAGCUAUCCAGCCUCAGAGCUAGCAGGUUGGCCAUUUCAUGAAGCAUACUUGAGAGAUAUUCUCUGGGCCAGCUAUCGUAACAGCAGCUUGGAUAUUUAUUGAUAUAGUCUGUUAGCUUGUAACUGUCCUAUUACAACGAUAUAACGUGUUAGCUAUAUUUUCUUGUCGUAGUUAGCAAAUUAGUUAUCUUUUAUUGGUUUUGUUUGGAGUGUACCAGAAGCUCAAGGUAAAUUCAUUGUUUUUGCAGGCAUUGAAUCUACGUUAGCUAGCUUAGACAGCUAGUUAAAGUGAACUUGGCUGAGAAGGCAAAAGAAAUAACCAAAUCCCAAGUCAAGUUAUCUUGUCGAAGUAUUGCUUACUUAAUACUAGUGCACAAAGUGAACACGCGAGAGAGCCGCAGAUGUGUUAAGACCAAACCGACAUUGUAUCUCCGAGUUGCAGAGCUAGUCUAGUUGCUAGCAAGUUGUUGUUCAUUUCGACAUUUCUCCGUAAAUGACCACCGGCAGGAAUAACCGAAUCAUGAUGGAAGGAGUGGGUGCUAGAGUUGUCCGUGGACCCGACUGGAAAUGGGGUAAACAGGACGGUGGAGAAGGACAUGUUGGUACCGUAAGAAGCUUUGAAAGUCCAGAGGAGGUGGUUGUCGUCUGGGAUAACGGGACAGCUGCUAACUACCGCUGCUCUGGAGCAUACGACGUUAGGAUUUUGGAUAGUGCACCCACAGGAAUCAAACACGAUGGCACCAUGUGUGACACAUGCCGACAGCAGCCCAUCAUCGGCAUCCGCUGGAAGUGCGCAGAGUGCACCAACUACGACCUCUGCACCACCUGUUACCACGGAGACAAGCACCACCUGCGCCACAGGUUCUACCGAAUCACAACCCCAGGCAGUGAGAGGGUUCUGCUGGAAUCCCGCCGCAAGUCCAAGAAGAUCACGGCACGGGGCAUUUUCACAGGAGGACGCGUGGUCAGAGGAGUGGACUGGCAGUGGGAGGACCAGGAUGGAGGCAAUGGGAGGAGAGGGAAGGUGACGGAGAUUCAGGACUGGAGUGCGGCCAGCCCUCACAGUGCAGCCUACGUCCUGUGGGACAAUGGAGCCAAGAACCUGUACAGAGUGGGCUUCGAAGGCAUGUCGGAUUUGAAAUGUGUUCAGGAUGCCAAAGGGGGCACUUUUUACAGAGACCACUGUCCGGUGUUGGGUGAACAAAAUGGCAGCAGGAACCCCGGUGGGCUGCAGAUCGGCGACCUGGUCAAUAUCGACCUGGACCUGGAGAUCGUUCAGUCUCUGCAGCACGGACACGGCGGCUGGACCGACGGGAUGUUCGAGACACUCACCACCACCGGGACAGUUUGCGGCAUCGAUGAGGACCACGACAUUGUCGUCCAGUACCCCAGCGGCAACAGAUGGACAUUUAAUCCGGCGGUGCUGACCAAAGCCAACGUGGUGCGCAGUGGGGAGGUUCCAGCAGGGGCUGAGGGAGGUAGUUCCCAGUUCAUGGUGGGAGACCUGGUCCAGAUCUGCUAUGAUAUUGACAGAAUCAAACUGCUGCAGAGAGGCCACGGGGAGUGGGCCGAAGCCAUGUUGCCGACUCUGGGGAAAGUGGGAAGGGUGCAGCAGAUUUACUCUGACAGCGAUCUGAAAGUGGAGGUGUGUGGAACGUCCUGGACGUAUAACCCUGCAGCCGUCACAAAAGUCGCCCCUGCUGGCUCUGCUGUCACAAACGCAUCGGGAGAGCGCCUGUCGCAGCUCCUGAAGAAGCUCUUUGAGACUCAGGAAUCAGGCGACAUCAACGAGGAACUGGUGAAGGCUGCCGCUAAUGGAGACCUGGCAAAAGUGGAGGACAUCCUCAAGAGGCCUGACGUCGACGUGAACGGGCAGUGUGCUGGACACACAGCAAUGCAGGCAGCCAGUCAGAAUGGUCACGUGGACGUGCUCAAACUGUUACUGAAACACAACGUGGACCUGGAAGCUGAGGACAAGGACGGGGACCGUGCGGUGCACCAUGCUGCUUUUGGAGAUGAGGGCUCCGUCAUAGAGGUGCUGCAUCGAGGGGGGGCAGAUCUGAACGCCAGAAACAAACGCAGACAGACUCCUCUUCACAUCGCUGUCAACAAGGGCCACCUGCAGGUGGUCAAAACCUUAUUGGACCUUGGCUGUCACCCCAGCCUUCAGGAUUCGGAGGGAGACACACCCCUGCACGACGCCAUCAGUAAGAAGAGGGACGACAUGCUGUCUGUGCUGCUGGAGGCCGGUGCUGAUGUCACCAUCACCAACAACAACGGCUUCAACGCCCUGCAUCACGCCGCCCUGAGAGGGAACCCCAGUGCCAUGCGUGUGCUGUUGUCCAAGUUGCCAAGGCCCUGGAUUGUGGAUGAGAAGAAGGAUGAUGGGUACACUGCCCUUCACUUGGCUGCUCUCAACAACCAUGUGGAGGUGGCCGAACUCCUGGUGCACCAGGGUAAUGCCAGCCUGGACAUACAGAACGUGAACCAGCAGACGGCGUUACACCUGGCCGUGGAGCGCCAGCACACCCAGAUCGUCCGGCUGCUGGUACGAGCAGAGGCCAAGCUGGAUGUACAGGAUAAAGAUGGAGACACACCACUGCAUGAGGCACUGCGCCAUCACACCCUCUCUCAGCUCAGACAGCUCCAGGAUAUGCAGGACGUCAGCAAGGUGGAACCCUGGGAACCGUCAAAGAACACGUUGAUCAUGGGACUGGGAACGCAGGGCGCGGAGAAGAAGAGCGCCGCGUCCAUCGCCUGUUUCCUGGCGGCAAACGGCGCUGACCUGACCAUCCGGAAUAAGAAAGGCCAGUCUCCUCUGGACCUGUGUCCAGACCCCAGUCUGUGUAAGGCCCUGGCCAAGUGCCACAAGGAGAAGACCAGCGGUCAGGUGGGCUCUCGUAGUCCGUCUCUGAACAGUAAUAACGAGACACUAGAGGAGUGUAUGGUGUGUUCUGAUAUGAAGAGGGACACGCUGUUUGGCCCGUGUGGGCACAUUGCCACCUGCUCUCUCUGCUCUCCCCGUGUCAAGAAGUGUCUCAUCUGCAAGGACCAGGUCCAGUCCAGGACCAAGAUUGAAGAGUGCGUUGUGUGUUCUGAUAAGAAAGCAGCAGUGCUCUUCCAGCCCUGUGGUCACAUGUGUGCGUGUGAAAACUGUGCCAGCCUGAUGAAGAAGUGUGUGCAGUGUCGGGCGGUGGUGGAGCGCCGUACUCCCUUUGUGCUGUGCUGUGGAGGGAAAGGUAUGGAGGAUUCCACUGAUGAUGAGGACCUUACAGGGGGCUCAAACUCAAUGGCAGGGGGGUCCCAGGAUCUUCAGCCCAACAAUCUGGCGCUAAGUUGGUCCAGUGGAAAUAUACCAGCUUUGCAGAGGGACAAGGACAACACUAACGUCAAUGCAGAUGUGCAGAAACUCCAGCAGCAACUGCAGGACAUCAAAGAGCAGACCAUGUGUCCAGUGUGUCUGGAUCGGCUGAAGAACAUGAUCUUCAUGUGCGGCCACGGGACGUGCCAGCUGUGCGGAGACCGGAUGAGCGAGUGUCCGAUCUGCCGCAAAGCCAUCGAACGUCGGAUCCUUCUCUACUAGGCACGCCCGCCCUCCACACCAGGCUAAGGGUCUGGGCCAACACUAACCCUGCAGUGCCCCCAGCAGCCACCGUACCAGCUUUCUCUCUCAUACAAACUGCUCCUCUCUCUGCAGCUCUCCACAUCUCCUGCUAAGCUUAGAGUUUUCAGGGUUAGGACACUCUCUCUUUCUUUCUCUUUCUCUUGCAAGUAACCUGGAUUUGAGAUCCCAAAGGUUGGCAAAAUGAAAAGAAUGGUUGCACACUUCAGGUAGCCCUCAGUCCUGUGCGUUGGCUGGGAGACGCUCACGACGCAGCGGACUAAAAUCUGGCUUUGCCUUUUGUGUUUUAGUCUCGUCCUGCUUAGUACAACUCUGCACCUUCUGCGUCCUCCUCUCUCCUUUCAGUCUCCAAGGAUACAGCCAGAAUACACCUGGACAAAAGAGGACACGGUUUCAGACAGGCUUUCAAGUGAUGUUUUUUUUAGUUUGUUUGUUUGUUUGCUUGGUUUUUUUUUUAAUCCUCAAUCACAUUUGCAAGCAUGGGAGGAACUUUUUCUGUACUGACAUCCUUGAUCAACCGUGGCUUUCCUUCUUCUGUGCAUGCUGUUGCGUUGUAUUACUGUAUCAUGCUGCAAACUGAAUUUGUUGCCACUGUUGUCAUCAUGGCUAUGCUGUGAAGUUGGAUCAUUGAGUGUGGAGUAUACAGCUGUAUGACACGGGUAAACUACACAUACUGUCAAUGUUGUCACUGCCCGAGUUACCCUCUCAAACAGUUUACAUCUUCAGUUUUUCAAAGUCAUGACAUUUCAAGUCAGUCAGCAGUGACUCACAGCUUCAGGAGUAAGAAUUUUGUUGUUGUCUUUGUUGUUCUCUGUUUUUGUUUGUUUCUUUUGGCUCUUUGUUUAUGAGCUGGAUAGCUCAAAGCCAUUUCUUGCCCUUUCCAAAUACUAGAGUAGAACAAAAACUGUUGGUGCGGGGAGGGGGGGUCAUCUCCAUUCCCCGUGGUACAGGGGAGCACAUUACUGAUCCAGUCUUCACUGGCACUCUUACAUCUUCUAUUGAAACUGUCUUAACUGGUCUUACUCCUCUGAGUAUAGUAUAUAUAUACAGUGACUGUGUGGAGAGGUUUGUUUUUUUUGUGUAUGAGAUGCAAACCCAGGUCAAACCCCAUGUUUUACUGUGGAGCAUUAUUGAUAGAUGUAGGGUGAUGUGUCCUGGUUAAAGACACUUUGACCGUAUAAGUAAUACCUGAUACUUGUGCUGUCCUGUUUGGAAUCAAACUUAAAGUCACCAGGAGUGUCACAUUACCCUCAUCCAGGAACACACACACACGGGCGCAUAGUAUUAUUGUAAUAUUUGGGCGACGUGUGGAGAUGAGCAGAGCCUUGAAAAGUUUGUGUGUGUGUGUGUGUGUGUGUGUGUGUGUCUUGUACGGAUUUUUCUGUAGUUCAUUUGUUUCAGCUGAGUGUCAUAUGGGUUAACUGAGAAGAUAGACAUUGUUACAGGUUAGUAUAAACCAAAGGACCUAAAAAAGGGUUCUGUGUUCUCUUGGGUAAACAUUAAAAAAAGAAGAAGCAUUUGCUAAUCACCAUUGAUGAAUAUGUGCCAUUGCUUCCAGUAACAUGAAAUUGAACAUUGUUAUUCAUUUGGGGAUAAGGUGCUGAAUGCCUUUUUCUGCUUUCUUUUUUCCCAUUAGUUCAAAAUGAAUUCUGCUAUAGUGUACAAUCUAUUAUAAAGCCAAGACUUAUUAAAAAGAAAAAUUAGUCCUUACAGUUAGAAGAGUAACUUAUUUUCUAUGUACGGCAAGGUUAGUAGAAUAAACGUGUGUGUCUGAUCUCUUUAUGUCGCUGUUCGUUCAUGCGAAGACCCAGGCAAACAGCAUGGUCUGUCACUUUCGAUUGGUCAAUACAGCUCAAUACAAGCGAUGCAACUUUGAUGUAGACCAAUAUGACUUACUUACCAAAACACUCACGCAAUGCUUAUAGUCUCCAAAUCCAAUUUUGUAAAAUAGAUGAUGGCUAUCUUGUUAUCUUUUCUUUUUUCUUCUUUUUUUUUUUUUUUUCUUUUCCCUUCUCUCUCAGCAGCAUACUCAUGGUAAGAGAGGACAUCGGUCUGGUAGAUUCAGGUGAAUUUCUGACACGUCCUCACUCUGAGAGCAGCCAUGUGGAAACUCUCUGUGAAAGUUUAGGCCAAGGUAGCAUGUUCCACCAGUGGCUUAGUUCACCAGUUCAAAGAAAAGAAGAAAAAAAAAAAAAAACAUGUUCUUUCAAGACAGUAGCUUCAUACUUUUGCCUUUUUCAAGCAUUUGUAUGAUUUUUCAAUGACAUUAACAUUUGAAGCUAGAUGCACUAAUGUACU